GAUUACUAAAUCCAAUGCCACAUGUAUUUCAUGGCCACCAAAUGCGAAUGCGAGUACUCGUAGUUGCACCAUGGUUGAAAAGUUUCUUCUUUUUCUUUUUUGUUGACACUUCGUGCCCUCCUCGUGCAUUCUUCGCCUCUCCAUCAUCCGAUGGUGUUUGUAUUUUUGUGUUUUUGUCGUAGCCCAAACUCAAAGCUUCAUAUUUUCAUUGUACCGGUGCAUGGCGAACGCACUUUUAUCGUACGAAACAGAACCAAAAUCACGAGUGAGUCUCACUUCUGCCCAAGCAUAUCGUCGUUAUCAAAUCACACUAUACACCACAGCCUCACUGACGCACCUUUUUCGUUUGGGAACGACACAGCAAUCGUGCCUAUAGACCUUUUCUGAUCACUGCUCUACGACAUCGCAUCGACGGCCCCACUUUGCAUCGCCACUACAAUGAGRAACUUUCUUUUCGCCCUGCUCUUCUGCCUGGCGGCGGGAACGACGGUUGUCGUCCAGGCCGCCGGCGGCGGCAAGUGCUCUUCGGAACAGCUCAAGUGUCCCACGGAGGAAUGCGAGAGCGGAUAUUCCUACGUGACGGACUGUCUGGAUUGCGAGGGCAACCUGAACACCUUUAACGGCGAGGACAAGUGCUUUACCCGAAAGCUGCUGUCCUCGAAGAACCCCUCUCCCCAGUACCUCUGGCGCGACAUUAUCGGUAUGCUCGUCUGGUUCUGCGCCGCCGGUGUCGCCACGGCUUGCGGUGUCGGCGGGGGAGGCAUCUACGUCCCCCUCGGAAUCCUCCUCCUCAACUUUGCGCCCAAGCCCGCCAGCGGCCUGAGCCAGGCCAGUAUUUUUGGGGCCUCGCUGGGGGGACUCCUCCUCAACCUGCGCAACAUGCAUCCCUUUACGGCCAAGAUCGAAACGACCGCGGUGGCCGGCGGGAACGGAAGCCCGGCGGAGGAACGCGCGGUGGCCGACGUUCCCACCAACGAUGACGGGGAACCCAACACGGAGACGACCAAGUACUACACCCGCCCGCUCAUUGAUUACGACAUGGCUCUGUUUUUGGCUCCCAUGGAGAUGGCCGGUGCCGUUUUGGGAGUCCUGAUCCAAAAAAUCCUCCCCAACUGGCUCUAUCUCUUCACCGCCGCCGUCAUUUUGGGAUUCACCGCCAAGAAGACCUUCCACAAGUGGUGGGACACCCGCGCCAAGGAAAUGGCCAAGGCCGCCCUGGAAGCCGCGGACUCGGAGGAACAAGCCGCCCUGGACCCCUCCGCCAACGCCAAGAAAGACACAGCGACCGACAACGACAACGAAAACUCGGAGGGGCCCUCUUCGGACGGCAACGGAGAAGUCGAGGUCACCGCGUCCGCCUCCAUGGCCGCCGAGGACAACGACGAGAACAACGAGGCCGAAAUCGUCAUGGACUCCGAGAAAAUAGCCAAGCGAACCUGGUUCUUGGAACGGGACGCCCGUCAAUACCCCGUCGAAAAAAUGUUUUGUUUUGGUGUCUUGUGGAUCGGUUUGACCCUGUUGACCUUCUUCAAGGGUGGAAAGGGAGUCGAAUCUCUCGUUGGAAUUGACUGCGCCAGUCCGUGGUACGGAGUACUGAUCGGAAUCCAAUUUCUCUGGACCUUAGGGUUUGCGACGUUCUUCGCCAUCAAGCUUAUGCGCGAGACCACCCAAAAGAAGGCCGUCAACUACCCCUUCCACGAACAGGACGUCUUGUGGGAUUUCCAGAAGACGCGGUUCUAUGCUUUUUUCACCUUUGUGGCGGGCAUCGUCGCCGGGCUCAUCGGAAUCGGUGGAGGCAUGGUCUUGGGACCCCUGAUGCUCGUCAUGGGGAUUUACCCGCGUGUUUCGACCGCCACCACCGCUACGAUGAUCGUUCUGACAUCGAGCAGUGUCGCGAUAUUGUACAUUACGUCGGGAAUGGUCCCGUGGCAGUACGCCGUCACCUUCUUUUGCACGUGUUUUACCGGUGCCCUGAUCGGAAAGACCUACAUCGACGGAUACGUCAAGCGCACCGGAAAGGCCUCGGUGCUAAUCUUUUUGCUGGCCAUGAUCAUCGCUCUGGCCACCCUGGGGGCCUUGGUCAUUGCCCUGCUGCGAUUGAACAAGGCCGACUGGUGCUUUGCGGGAUUCAACAAGUUCUGUACACUCGAUGCCGACGCUGUGGAGGUCGUCUGCGUUCCCACCGAAACGGAACGCAUGCUGGGAAGCUCCUUUUACGGCGAUGUUGUUCGCGGAUACUAAACGGGUCCUUUGAUCGGAACAUAUGAUUAUUUGGUGCUCUCGAGGGAGCGACGGGUAACAUAAAAAGGCGUCGGAUGGAAUGCGUUGCAUUGAUCUGAAAUGGAUAUAGUUAUUUAUUUAAUUAUUCAUCCACUCCGAGGUCCAACAACCGACAGGAACUCCGACAAAAUACACAAACGCAACAUUUGUCGAAUCGCAUGCAAAAAGACCAACAUCAAGAGAUGGGAUGACCAAUCGAUCUGAUGUAUUGUAGUCGAAAUCUAUUGCAAGCGUACAAAAUUCAAGACACAGCUACAUAAAAUAAUCACAAGCAUCAACUUUUUACAAAACUUUCGGACUUCAGGUUCAAAUACAUCUAUAUUAUAAUGAAAGCACAAAUUAUCC